AUGUUGGCAGGUGCGUUAGUUCUGGGCACCAUCCUUACAGCUUUGCCAGGUAUCCAGAGCAGGUGGAGCGUGUCAUUUUCCCGGAGGGAGAUCUGUGUGUGGGCGGGAACAACUGUCACUCUGCCCUGUCGCUAUGACUACCCAUCAGGUCACAACGUGAAGCGGGUCAUGUGGUUCCGUGUGUCUGCAGAGGGUCGGAGGGAGUUCACUUACCACACUGACCCGAACGAGAUCAGUCUGUCGUACCGCGGACGCACACGGUACAUCGGGGGCAGCUACUCCAGUUGCUCAGUGCAGAUUCGGGUGGUGAAGCUGAGUGAUGCAGGCCAGUACCACUUCAGGUUUGAGACAGACCAACCACAGGGGAGAUGGACCUCCCCGAACACCAUCACCCUCCAUGUGACAGACCUGCAGGUCCAGGUGCAUCCAGCCAGGCCCAGGAACAUGUUUGGCCUUGCAGAGACUGUGUUUGUAGGCUGCCAGGCGACAGGAUGUGCUGCUCCAGGAAGGAGCCUAGCACUGUACAGGAACGGACUGAACCAGGGCUCCUAUGAGAAAUGGAUGACCAUCAACCGCUUUGACCAGCAGCAUGUUGGAGCGUACACCUGUCGACCAAUCCCGCCACAGAACGUGCAGUCCCCGCCCCUCACGCUGGCUCUUGGAUACAAUCCCCGCUACACCUCCAUAGCAGUCUUCCCAGUAGGGGGUCUGUCGGAGGGGGAGUCUGUCACUCUCACCUGCAGUAGUGACGCAGCUCCACCUGUGGAGAGCUUUGCAUGGUUCAAAGACAUGGAGAGUGGCAGCAUCCCGGACAGUUUUCGGCCUCAGCUCUGUCUGUCCCAGGUCAGAUACACCGAUAGAGGAGAGUACUUCUGUGUAGCACGCAACUCCCUGGGAACAGACCGCUCCAACCCUCUUCUACUCAACGUCACUUACUCUCCAAAGAACACGCGUGUGCUGGUGAGUCCUGCAGCAGAUAUCAGAGAGGGCUCCUUUGUGAACCUGAGCUGCGUCUGCCAAGCCUACCCUCCUGCCAGCAGGUAUGCCUGGUAUCGUAUCCUAGGUGACCAGCUGCUGUCUAAAGGAAGCUUCCAGAACCUGACGUUCCCCUCAGUGCGUGCUCACCUCGCUGGUCAGUACUACUGCACGGCGUGGAACCACUUAGGACACCAGACCUCCCCCGUCGCUACGCUCUCUAUACUCUACCCUCCUAAGAACACUUCAGUUCUGGCUCGUCCAUCCGGUGUGGUGGACGCCGGCCGACCUUUGACCCUGACCUGCAGCAGCCAGGCCAACCCAGCAGUGGACAACUUCACGUGGCACCGCUUAGCUCUGGACGGGGGCCCUGUACAAUCCUGGGGCAGCAAGCCCGGUCCCGUCUUCUCCUUCUCAGAGGUCGGCCCCAGAGAGAGCGGUCAGUACUACUGCGAGGCCAGGAAUCGGAUCGGAGCCCACAGCUCUCCUGUCCUCACUGUGCGGGUCAGAGGUCGUCUUAAGGUCAUCGCCCUGGCGUCAGCAGUAGGGGUGUCUGCUGGACUCAUCACUCUCACUGUGGCCAUUAUGAUCAGUAAGAACAUGCACAGGGUGGACAUGGAGUCAGGAGAAGUAGCAAACAAGCGUCCCUCAGUGACAGCCGACACCAUGUUCUUUGAGUCAGCCCAGCAGACAUUUCCAGUGAGAAAGGGCAAGAUGUCCGACAUACCGGAGGAGUCAGAGGACUUGAGUGACAGCCAUCCCGCUAUCGUCCCUCUGAAAGAUGCUCCACCAAUCACAGAAGUUAAAAGCCCCGCCCUUAACUACAUCACUGUCCACUACUCCAAGUUGUCCAGCGUGGACCAGGUGCAGAUCCACAACCUGCCACUGGGGGGUGAGAGGAAGCCCAAGGACUCCCCCAGCGUUGUUUACACUUUACUGCAGCAGCCUCUCCGCUGACUGGGAGCAACAGAGAGGAAAAUCAGCUGUACUUCUUCAUGUGAAGGCUCAGUACUUCACAUUCACAUCGUAGGACACACCCGUAGUGAACUCUGAUGAUACCUAAACUGUUCUGGGUCAGACGUGUCCUCAUGGAUCCUCUGCAGUUCACUAACAUGGUGCACACUGGGAGUCAGAUCCUGACCGUGUUGCAUGUCUUUGCCUUUUUUCUAUGCAUCUUCCCACUGUAUGCUGCCUGAUGAAGCAGAACUCAGACUGCUUGCAUCCAUAUCCACAGUAUGUACUGUAUGUACCGUUGCUAGCGUUGAUUUUGCAUCCUGGCUCUGACCAAAACAUAUCAAUCGAUCAAACAUACGAAAACAAUUAUACUUCAAUACAUAUUAUUGGAAGAAACCUGUUGAAAAGGAUUCAACAUCUAUAAACAAUAUGUAAUAUUUGACACAUAUGCAUUUCCACAUUGUAUUCAACCAUGUUCUAAAUCUAACAGGCUUAUUUGUUUGCUAAUGCUGCAACACCUAUUUAGUUGAUAGAGAUUGCUUCCAUUAAAUCAGUCUCCAUAACAGAAAUAAUGUAGAAUUACAUUCACUUUGUUACACUGUAGAACAAAUCUAUUACUCUUGUAUUUUAGGUGUAUGUUGCAAUGGUUGCAGUUAAUAAACAGUCAACAGCACUGAUGACUAAUGCAAGGGUUAAAGGUUAGGUAUGAAUCUCAAUCAUUAAAAUGAAUACAUUACUUCAUUUCAUUCUCACAUUCAUUCAAUCGACCAAACGUAUGCCAUGUCAACUUAAUUAACUUAGUUUUGAUUUUUAAUACAAGUAAUUACAGCCAAUGUUAUCUGUUUUUGGUAUGCAAAACAUUUACAAUAAGACAUGCAGUCCUGACAGUGAGUCAUAUUUGGUUAUUAAGCAUUGCUAACCAAGAAACAUUGAGGCAAUAAAGUCAUGUUAUCAAAAGACACCAGAAUGCACUUUCGCUUUAUUCUGUGAAAAGUCCACAGCACUAAUAUCACAUUGGAAAAGUUCUCUUUCGCCUGCUUCCUCAUUUCUUUUUCUCUUUCCAUUUCUUUUUGGUUUCUAAUUUACACCUGCCAUUAGUAUCUAUAUCUAUCUUUAUACCUGUUUAUAGCAAAAAUAAAUGUAUUGCAAUAUUA